AUGCUCGAGGGCCACGUUGCAGAGCUGCUGGCGGCGCAUCUGAGCCGCUUUAUCAAAAAUGUAAACGCAAGUCAAUUGCAGAUUUCGCUGUGGUCCGGCAACGUGGUGCUGAAUAAUGUGGAGCUUCGCAGCGAUGCCCUCGAGCGCAUUGCCGCGCUUUUUCACGGGGAACACAGCGAGAUGGAGACAAAGGAGGCGGGCGCAUCCGCAUCAGCAGCAACCGGCACACCUAGCGGUGCAUCGGAAUCACACGAGGGGGGCGCAUCUAGCCCAACCCUCUCUAUGCGUAUGCUGCUGGCGCCCUUCACAGCCGUGAAGGGUGUUAUUCGACAGUUGGCGAUCACCGUACCAUGGGCCUCGCUGGAGAGUGAGCCGGUGCGGGUGGACGUUGCAGGGGUAGAGCUUGUCCUUGGCCCUCUGCGCGCGCGUCCUUUCAAUGCCAGGGAGGAGCAGGAGCGGGAGCAGGCAAUCAAACAACAGCAGCUCGAGCGGUACGAAAAGGAGCGCCAUCGUCUUUCCCGCGAAGUGGCAGAGGACGCGGUGAGUGAAACAUCGUCAAAGAUGACAGCGAGCACGGAAUCGGGGCAUGCGAAAUGUGGAGGGGAGGCCGCCAUUGCGGGCACGAGCCGCACAUCGGGUACGUCAUGGUUUAGCUGGCUGUGGGAUUUUGACCGCAUGAGCCAGAUUGCCGUGCGCAACGUCAGGGUGAACUUGCGGGACGUUUCCAUGCGCUGUGAGUUCGACUACGAGGGCCUGCACCCCUCCUGCGCGUCUGCGUUCUGCGUCUUUGUAAAGCAGGUGCAGCUCACCACGACCGAUGAGACGUUUAAGGACGUGUUCAACAAGGACCUCCUCGCGCCGCUGUGCAAGAGGAUUGCACUGUCAGAGGUCGUUGUCAGCACACACGCCAUACGACAGAGUUUCCGCGACGCAUCCGGUAACGCAAGAGAGGGAGGGGACGGUCCGGCGCCCAGCGCUGCGGGUGAGCCAGCAUUGUGCGCGGCCGCAUACGACACGUACGCGUCGCGCUGGGCGCUCUCCACGGCAAUACUCCGGGUCCAGACACUCCGGCUGCAGGCGAAGUUGGUGCCGCCGGGGUGUGUGUCCAAAAACGCGAUUGUGGAAGAGAUGCCGAUACUCUCGGCGAGCUCCACAGAGCUCAGGGUAACGACUGUUGACAGCAUCGAAGUCGACGUGUGCUUUGGUGUCGUUCAGGUGUUCGAGUCCAUGUGGCGCAGCUACCAGCAAAGUCUGCCUUGCGCGCGAUAUCGAAAGCGUCUGCAUCUGCUGCGGCCUACCGGGGGACAUGCAACGCAUAACCGUGUCCUUCGUCAGACCUCGGAGCCGAAUUGUGCGACUCUGUCUCAGAAUGAUGCGACCGCCUGGCAACCAUCGGCGCAGCAGAGGUGGCGGUUCGCGUUACGGUGCGUGCUGGACGAUGUACGGCAACAUCGGCAGAUCUUCGGCUUGAACGAAUGGAAACGGUGCGAAGUAGUGGAGGCGAUGGUGCAAUUCGGGCAGCUGCGUAGAGCCUACACCGAGUACUGGAAGCGCGCAAAGGGCGUCAUCUGGGCCCCACCCUUGAGCUCAUUGGAGGAGAAGCGAUUGAAGUCAAUGGAGCGGCAGCUAUCAUUGUGGCAGGUUAUUUUUCUGCGGUGCCUUUCUCACGCUCAGCUUAUUGUGGAGCAAGAGAGCUAUGCGCGGCAGCAGGACUACAUUGAAGAGGCCCGGCAGCGCAUCAAAAGCGGCCUACUGAGCUCCAGCGGGACAGGAGGAGGUGGCACACCGACAUCGUUUCUGUGGGAUUGGCUUAGGGGCAGCUCCACACGCAAGAAUGAUGCGACAACUCUGUCGAGAAAAGUGCUGGCCUCCAUCGCAUCUCGUGACGGCAUGGGUGUGAUAUCGGUGCCUACGUACAGAGGCGCCUGUUUUCGCGACUUGGUGGCGCUGGAGUGGGACCUUGGGCGACGCUACACCUCCCCGCACUUCGCUCGGUUGGCGCGGCCAAGGGCACCACAAAACCGCCUGCCCGAGCUGGCAGCGGAGAACAAGUUGUACUUCACGUUGUGUGCGCUUUUUCCAAAGCUUAUCGUCCGCCUCGAUCCUAUCUACUGGCCUUUGACACACGAUAGCAGUGUGCCGGCGACGCCGUCCGCCACCCCGUUGCAGCGUGUUGAACAGCGUCUCAUCGUCCGACUACGCGCCGUGGAGCUAUUCUACACCACCAUACCCGACGACCGGCCAGACAAGGCGUCGCUGUCCUUUUUUCUUGGCUCGGCAUCGCUCACCUUUGAGGGUGCCUUGCGCUCAGCUCUUUUGCAGUCAAAGGAGGAGUUCAGGGAGGACUAUGUGGUGGUGAAGCGAAACGCGCAGCGCACCCACACACGCGUUUUGGUGGCUCCGCAGCUGGUGAUUUGUCAGCCGACGCACGAGUGGGCCUGGUGGUACACGGAGGUUUCCGCCUUCGUGCGUUGGUUUCGGGCGGUGCAGCGGGCAUUCUACGUCAAUGGCGCCACCGAGGCGUCUACCGGCGCGAUGCCCGUAUUAGCGGAGAGCGCGCAAAGCGAUCUGCAUGGCUCUGCCUCUGUCGGUAGUCGGACGCCGGCGUCGAGCUCGGGCACGCCGGUUCCUGGUGGCCAAUGCUCACACACGGCAACGGAGGCGACUGCACCACGUGCGUCGCCGGCGCCACGCGUGCUUAGCGUGACCAUCCAGUCCCUCGACGUUUGCGUUCCUCUUUUCACGCGUGACAUCGAGAGCUCUGACUUGGAAAUAUUCAGCCGUCAGCCGUCGGCCUUCUCCUCGGCUGCACUACCGCGGUCUCUCCCGGGCACAAUGCACUGCGACAGCACCCUGAAGUGCGGUGAGUGUCAGCGGCAGUUACCUACUGAAAUCGCGUCCGGCGAUGGCCACGCGGGUGAUGAGAGGCUACACGAUGAGGCAAUCCUGCAAAGCGGCGAUGCCGCGCCUGGUGCAGUGUGGCUUCGUACAACGCACAGCAUUCAGAGCUUUGCGGUCGAAGGCGACACUGACGAGGAGGAAUACACGGACUCUUUGUCCUCCUCGCCGAGUGCAAGUCCAGGCAUGUUCGCGCGUGUCGCACCAGAGCGGUGCUUCUUGAGGAACGAGGCGUGUCUUGUGCUGUCGGUGUCCACCACGCGGCUGUGGACCACUGCACCUCCGACGAAGCGGUACAAGGGGACCGAGAACGAGUACUACCUUUGCAUCGGCGACCAAAGCAAGGCCGUCCGCGUAUUCUGCCAAAACGGCUGCACCGCACCCACUCUCACCUCCAGCCGGCAGCUCGAGCUGCUUUCAUUUGUCGCUGGUGAGGUGCGGCUAAAUCCCAAGGAGUUCACAGUGCUGCUCAACAAGGGCAUCGACGCCGUCGCUAACCCCUAUGUGUUUGCGCUAGUGAACGAUGCGCUGCUGCAGCCGACGGUGUUGGCCGCUGCUGACGCAAAUGGGCAGGCUGUGCGCACGCUGACGGCCGAGCUCCAGCAGGCAGAAAGCAGGUGGUCCGGCACGCGAGGAGCUGCUGUUCCGUGGCGGUUGGCAACGUCGACUUGUGUGGAGCUACGAGCAGACAGCGAAUCGCCGCCCAUGCUUCGGGAAGUGCCAGUCGACUGCGCACGGCACAUCGUAUCUGCUCUUUCCGCCCCGCUCUCCAUCGCACCGAUUUCGGCGACCACGGUUGCCCAUGCUAUCUCAAGAGGCGAGCUCGCUACUGGCGUCUUCGGCGGCCGAGUUUGCACUGUCGGUGUGGGCGUGGCACGUCUUCUUAUUCGCUCCGAGGCGAAUGUGGAUCUCGGCGAGUUGGUGCUGGUAGCCCCCGAGCAGUUGCCACCUGCAACGGCACCGUACCGCGAGGCGCUUUGUGCGCUCGGUGCAGAGGAGCCGCGUGCGAUUGAGCUGAUCUGCAACUUUGCCGACAUCCAGUGGCAUGCCGGAGAGUGGAGUAGCUACGAUCCGCUACCGCUCUGCCCGAUGAGAGAAAACGUGUGCCCUCGACUCCUCCUCUCGAUCCCGGACAUCACCAUGACCACCACAGCUGGGCGGAAGCUGCUCACCAUCGAGCACUUGACGCUUUUACAGACCUGCACAGAGCCCAGGAGGCCUGGGGCGGCGCUCACAAUUCAAACCGUGUCAGCGUUCUGCGAUGUUGUCCUGGUCGAACUGCUGCAAGUGUUAAUCGGCACGGUGUGCACCAUGCGGUCUAUUAAGCUGCCGCCUGCAGCGGCACCCUAUGACCUGACAGGGGCGUCGCGCAGCGAGACCGCAGACUCUGAGAUGCCGCAAAGCCGCUUCUUCGGUGUUCGGCCGAUCAGCGUGCGCGUGCACACUGCCCGAUUUCAGAUUCCCCUGGGUACAGACGAUGUCGUGGAUGCGCCCUAUGUGGAGGUGACUACCACCAUAGAGGACGUUCUCUGCACCCUUGACUCCUUGACAGGCGACACCGACCGUGGUGGAAAGCAUGUGCAUCUCCGGUUCAGCGUCUCGGAGGUGAUGCAGCUCGCCGAUUACAUUGGCGGGGACCCCGAGGUGCGUAGUCUGAUUUCGGCGUACCCGUGGGCUACCUGCAUUGGUGAUGGCACGGCACAUGCCCUACAGUGUGUGGUUGACGUCACGCUUCCCGACUCAUGCGUCGGAGACACCGACACGUCUACAUUAACGGGACCGGGGGUGCCACCGUCCACGACGUGUCGCGUCGCGUUGGUGGGCGGUGCGAUUCACGUCUACUGCCCAUUCCUCUACUUCUACGCGGCAGCCAUGAAAACAGAUGAGCGAAUCGUGCGUCUCGGCGAGCUGGCUCGAUCACCGCUGCUGCGCCGCGGGUAUACCCACACGCCGUGGGUUGCAGAUUCCACACGGCGAUCCAGGGUGGGCGGCGGCGCUCGUGCCUCCUGGGAGGCUGCGGCGCCGUUGUCGCUCUCGGUGGAGGCCACGAUAUCGAACCUGGAUGUUGUUCUCGCGACAGAUGCAGCGGUGCCGAUUGACAUGACUAAACCGAGCACCUUCUCGGUGGUCCAUGUUGAGCAGAUCGUGUGUGGGCUGCAGCGGACUACGCCAGGGGCGCCUGCUGCGUCAACUACGUUGGAGACACGGACGCACGCCUUUGUCGACACAAAUCGCAUGCAGCUGCUGGAUUUGUUGUGCACACCGUCGCGCGAUGUCUGUCUUCCCGAUGUGAAGUUGCGCGCCAAUAGGGGCGUGCUGCUUGUUCCGAAAGAGGAUCUUACCGGCUACGCGUAUCAGCGCGGCGCGCCCGAUGACUGGGCUUUUCUGGUGGGAGUGCACCCCGCAUCCAUACCGUAUCCAGAGCGCACGGCAUCCGUACACGAAGCAGCCUGUAGCACUGCAAGCCGGCCCUCUGAUGUGACGAUUCACAUGAGCGCGGAGCAGUGUCGCAGUCUUGUCCGCUUCUUCCUAUAUAACGUGGCCCAGCUCCCCAUCCCUUCAACCAGGCGUACGCCGAGUGUCGGCGGUAGCCAUCUGCAGCAUGCGUCGAGGGCCCCUCCAACCGUCACUUUUCCAAUGGGAGGGCCCCAUCCACUUUGGUCGUCACACCAGGGUGCGGAAGCACCGUCGCACGAACAAGCCGCUCUGUCGCCGUCGGUGACGCUGCUGCUCACCAUUCCUGCGGUGUCCAUCGUGAUCGACACAGAUGACUACGCCGCGCUCGACAGGAGCGCGCGUCAGUCAACGAUGCCGCGGUCAACCGAGCAGGACGAAAGCGAAUCCAUCGCUCCUGCAGCACCCCCGCCACGACUGCCGUCAACGCGCCGCGUCAGCUACGAGGUAGGGCUGCGCAGUGGCGGGCAACUGUACUCCGCCGCGGGCGGGUGUUGGUCGACGUCACCGGUGAAGAAUGGUCAGUUGAGCGGCCUGGAACUGCUGGCGAGAGAAGAGGUGCUGGAGAACUUAACUGGAGACACGGAUGUGACGGGGACAACAAGUACACACGUCCUUUUGACGAUUGACUUGGUGGGUCUGGCGCUUCUCGAGCGGCGUGCUGGCCGAGCGUCGAGCGGGGUGGACGACGUUGCGAGGAAUGAUGCUGCGGUCGUCAAGGUCGCUGCGGCGGUGCGGCACUCCCACUUGAGAGUGUCACACAUCAAGUGGUGGCUGCUGCUGUGCAGCAUGUUUGCCGGCGUCUGCUCGACACAGGGCGGCCCCCAAAGCACCGCUGCACGCACAUCAGGCAAAAGCGGAAGGGCCGGCACUAUCGCAAGAUUUGGCGAGGCAGCCCAGAAUAAGAACGAGGGCGCCAGUGGACUAGGCAGCAGCGCCUUCGGCGAUCAUCGCGGGACGAGCGGGGGUGAGUACAUGGAUGAGGACAAGGCGGCGUUGUCGACACGACAGGAACACCUCGCGUUGCGGCAGCGUCGCUGGCGGCGGCUUCACGGAACCGUCGAGAUCACACACACACAAGUCAGUUUUUCCACCGUCGGCUGCGCCAAUGGCGACCGGCAGCCGUUGUGCCGGCUCACUGUGCCCGAGGCCAGGCUGACAGCGUCGCCUUUGCCAGCUGUGCAAGAAGGCGGCCGCGAACCCCUGAACAACGCGGAGCGCAUUUGCGACGAGUUUGUCUUGGAGGUUCCUCACUGCCCGGAGUUGCUGCUGCUGUGUGUCUCAGCGGAGGCUGAUGGCGCCACGGGGCUGGAGUCACAUCUCUCGCCCGAGUCCAGCUACGCCUCCGUACUUCGCCGUCAGCCUGACGAAGCUUCUUCGGCGGCAUCCGCUGCCCCCGACGUAAAGAGCAGUUUCCCGAGGCAAGCUGCCGCUGCGACGGUGACGCCCGCUUCGAAGCCGCCGCUGCUAUCGGCGCAUAGUAGCGAGACCUGCAUCUCUCUUGGCCUUGUUUGCUUCUCGGACGCCGGCAGUUUGAGAUCGCUUCGGUACGGGCGCCGCUACCAAGUAACGGAUCUCACCUUACACCGCACGUCUGUGGUGCAGGUGCGGCUGCAGCGCAUGCUUCUCGAGGUCCCUGCCGUCCCACUAUUCUCCCUCGCGCGCGAGGUGGUGCGGCAGGUGAUGGAGGCGCAAGCCACUGAAGGAAUGAAGUCAUACGCCCGCGCUGUGCCGCGCGAUGGCAGAGAUGCCGAAUCGCCGACGCUUACGUACAUAGAUAUGGAGGCGAAGCUCACAGAUGUAGAGGUGCGGGUGUCUGCAGAGGCUACACCUCUAGGUGAGCCGGCGGCGAGUUGCGAUGCCGGCAGUGAUCUCACUUCUUGGAGCGUUGCCGUUAGCUCAGCUCGGCUGACAACGAGCGUCCAGCUGCAGAGCGUUCUCACGAGCACACGAAUGCCCGCGUCGCUCAUUGGCGACGGGCUGAGUCGUGGCUGGCGAGUGCAGAUAUGGCACAUGAUAUCGCAGCUGGUCGUUCAGGGCGUCGUCUUCUCUACCAACAGCGACACGCGGGCGUGUUGGACGCUUCCAGAUGUGCGCAUAAAGGUAUCACUCCCUCUGACGCGCAGAAUCAUCUGCGUGCGUGGCAUGGGAGCCACAGGUACGGACGAUGAGCUCGAGCUGUCCUCCUCGGCUGACGAAUUGCCGCUGCGCUGGCUGCACGGCAGCACGGCCAAUGUUUUUCAGAUGGAGCCCACAUCGGUGACAGCGCUCAGCGGCCUGCACUAUCAUGUUUUGGCGAGUCUCCACAUCGAUGUGGGCGCCGAGAGCGAUGGCGUCGUCGGCACGGCGCCAGGGCACAAAGAGGCUUCUGUGCAGGUUCAUCUGUCCACCAUUUUCACAUUGGCAUCCGCCGCAGCGCGUCUGGCCGCGUUGUGGCGGCAGACGCGGCAAGCAUGCGAGUCGAGCGUGGCAGCUGCAGUGGAUGCAGGCACAACGAGCAGACACGCCGGCUGGUGGCGCCCCGGUGCGCAGCAGCGCCACGGGCUGUUUACCUGGUAUGAAUUCGGGCUGGGCCUAUCUGGGCGGCAUGUGGAGUUGAUCAUGGACACCACCGCGGCGAUGGUGGGCGACAGGGCCGCCUCAGCGUUGAAAAAUAACUGUGCCAUGUGCGUCUCUGUGGAGGGUGCCAUCACCGUGCAGGUGGACAAAGAGGCCGGCGAGGAGGCAGUGGAGCAAACGACCGUCCUCGACAUAGCUCGACUUAAUUCAGGGUAUGAUGAAAAGACGACUGAGUGCCAUGGCCGCGUUGAUGACGAGAGUGCGGUGGUGGAGACGACGCACACGCUCAUGCGCCUGCGGACGGCGCCGGUGCACAUCCACGACGGGGCCGGUAACCUUCUACUGUACAUUUCGGCGGUUGCCCAGGGCGGGAUGGCGGACGCAAUGGUGGCUGACUACGCCCCUGCUGAGGCUCGACUGGACGUGAACGUGGGGCGGGUUGUGAUGCACGCAAGCUCUUUAACCGCAGCCUCAAUGGUGUGCUGGUGGAAAGCAUACCGCCAUCUGAGGCGGAGAUGGGAAAGCGCCGUAACCUGCAUUGCACAAUCUUCGGCGUGCCCACAGGAGGCAAAACGCAAGUCAGAGCUGGCGAUGGAGAGUGAAGGGGGAUGUAAGCGGCGUUGGUUGCAGCGCAUCAAUGCAGAGGUUCGCCACACGGAGUUGGUGCUUGCCCCCGCCGCCCGUGUGUGUGCAAAACGAACACACAUCACGUUCUCUCCAAUGGACGGGGAGGUAGACCUAGAGGCAGCGACGGCACUGGAGCUGCGCUGUGAUGAGGUAUGCAUGCACUCGAUGCUGCCGCAACCUGGCGCUGCCUACGGGAAGACACCCAUAGUUCUCGCUCGGACAGUGUCGCCGGUGUUAGUGGUCACGCGCGCUCAACAGCAGCGCCUCUUAGUGCAGUACCGUACGCCAUUCGUGUCGAUCAUGAAUAGCGACGGUCACCGCUGGGCCCUGUGCGCUUUCCGCAUUGCAAAGGUGAUGAAGGGCACAGUGACCGCUUUGGCUGCCCACGCGGAAGUCACACCUCCGCACGCGUCGGAGAGCGACCCGCCGGCGGGUGGUGCUGCGCCGUCAUGGGUGGCGUGGAUUCCCCGUGCAGAGGUGGACAUCGACAAGGCAGAGCUUCUGUGCUUUGCACCCCACAGUAAGCGUACCUGCUCCGCUGCGCCGGCCGUGUGCUUGGCGGCGCGGCAGGUGGCUUUGCGUUGCGUAGAGUCGACGAGUCGGAUCGACUCCAGCUGUGUUGGCACGGUUGUCGGCAUACGACUGGAGUCGUCUGCAGUGCUUUCCGCGACGUAUAACUGCGGCCCCUCUACAGACGGUAAAGCCCAUCCCCUGCUGGACGACGUAAGGACAACUUUCGUCCUCUCCUCUUCCUCGCAGUCCGCCUCGGACCCGGUUGAGGUGACCCUCUCGGCCGCCGCCGCAACGAAGCAGAAUGCAGUUUGUCUUCACGUGCUCACGGGUGACGCUUUGGAAAGGACGGUGGCCGCGCUUUGGCUACUGGCGCGACAAAAGGUUCCGCGCCGAUACGCACAGGCGAGAGGGGCGAAAGACAAUGCGGCGUCUGGCGAUAGGGUUCUCCGUCGGGCAGGCACGCUGUGGCACUUGCGAGCAGACGUUCCGCGCGUACUGCUGCACUGCGUGGUGGCGGAGGCAGCCGUGUCCUCCUCAGAGCAGACGCUGCGGUAUCUUUGCUCGAUCAGCGUAGAAGACGUACACGUCGAACUGCUCACUCGGCGUGGUGGUAACGAGGGUAGUAACCGACGACCGCACGCGGAGGUGUGGGUGGCCAGUGUCGUGGGUGAAACAGUUGUCACAGACGCCGCAGAGGCACUGGACGAACGGGUCAUGGAGAUACCGUCGACGUUCUUGGAGCUGCGUCCAUUGGUGGAACCGAGUGGCGAUCGCGCUCCCCACAGCGCACCCGUCACAGGCGGAGCUACCAGCACCCGCAACAGUAACCGCUCGGGUUUUUCUGUGGUGCAGCGAUCUCUCUCACUUUCGACGGGAGGCGAGGUGCAAGGUACUGCAGCGGAGGACAUCGCUGCCGACGAUGCGACAGCUCUCGUGAUUCGUCUUGACGCGUUGCGCGCACAUCCAUCCAUGACGCUACUCAAGGUGCUGAUGGAGCGCGUGCUACGCCCCUGCGUUGCAGGUAUUUCCGUAGCGAGUGCAGACGCGUCUUUGACCCACAUACUGGACGACUUGGAGGAUACUGCGUUGCGCGCUGGGAGUGCCACUGCGGUGCUGCCAGCAUCUGGGGCGCUGAAUCGCCACGCUGGACGGGUGCGGGUGGUCGAGGUGGCGACAGACUGGUGCGUUUACGAAGACUUGCGACUCGGCGGUGAAGGUGGCUUCCAGCUACACUUCUGCGGCACUGCUGGGCGCAGCGUAAUCACGGUGCGCGGUGGCGGCGCCGGCGGUACGGGUGGUGACAAGGUUCAAGGCGGCGCGGCAACUAUCUUUAUGUCUUUCCCAGUGGGUGCGAACGGAGAGGUCUGCCCCGCCAUACGCGUUGACCCGGACUUGACGGUGCGCUUCGAGAACGUUCGGGUUGUUGUUGGUGAGGGGGCACAUGCGGUGAGGCAUGACGCAUGCGUGCUGGAGGCGUAUGUGGAGCUUGGCGAGCGAUCUCUGUGCCUCCUGCCUCCUCCACUUGUGGACGUGAGUGCUUCGCCCUUGACGGUCGCCACGGGCGCGCAGGUGGAGGGGAGAGCAGCAAGCGUUCCACAAGCCAACUUCGGCGCCACCGCGAAUGCUACAGCUGUGCCCCAACUGCCGACGACCUCGGUGUGGGCGGUGUCUAUGAUUUUCUCGGUCGACGUUGCCGUUGGCUUCGAGGUCUCUCUCACGGCUGGCGCGCGACGUCUUGCGGCGACGGGUGCGGUGAAAGGGCGGUACCGUUUCGAGGAGAAGCGAAGCCCGGAGCGCACACUGCGCGCCGAGCACGAGAGCGAAUGCACCAUCUCUUUGCACGCGUGUGUCUGUGAAAGCGGCCCCUUGACAGACACCCCUGUCGCCGCCACAGCCCAGAUGUGUCUCACGGCAGCCGAGAACAAGCACCGGGUCGUGCUCAACUGUGGCUCGACACUGUGGCGGUUGCCGCUCGGCCACGCGCACGUGUUGAUCGAACUCGGCAGACUGGCGCAACAGGCGCUCUGCCCGACCCCUUUGCCUUUGCCGCCACAACGACCGUGGCAGCCUCCAGUUGCAGGUGACGCGUUGGCGCACGGACCCACACGGCGUGCCACUACGUUGGAUGUGAGGGUCGAUGUGCCGUCGUGGGCGCUCACACUGACCAGCGACGGUGGUAGCGCGCUGACAGUACUUCUUGUGGAGCAUGCUCACCUGCAGUGCUCCACGGACAUGGACGUUGCAGACGUUUCGCUGACGGCGGAGGCGACAGUGUCCCUGCGAGACACUAUCGAGCUCUAUGACGAGUCAGGCGAACACCUGGGGGCGACUGUACGUUACGCUGUGGAGAGGUCAAGCGUGGCGUCAGUGCCGGCACCGAUGGCAGCGCGUGUGCUGUUCAGUGCCCAGCCUCACCUAUCCCUCUCUUUCACGCGCUUCAGCCCUGGUUGCCGGUCUUUAUCUGUCUCUGUCCAUGUCGACAGUGUUGUCGCGACGCUACCUCUAGUGACCGCCGCGCGGCUUCUGCGAACUUCUGCCCGGGAGAUGGACGCUGGCAAGCGUGUCUUCUGGAAUGGUAGCGGCGUUGAGAUGGAGGUCGCGGAGUCGGCACCGCAUGCGGCAGCAUCUUGCAGGAGCGUCUCGCGGUGGCGCCUGCGUGCAGCACCGGGACGGCUUUUGCACACGAGCAUCCCUGCCUCCUGUGCAGUGCUGAUGUUGACGCCGGUAACAACCUCCGCUGGCGACGACUGCUCUAAUGUCGGUCGGAAAGAUGACGAAGGCAGCGGCGGCGUUGCUGUGAAUGUCGAAGCCUUGGGCGAUGGUGCGGUGGGUCGAGUUUCACUUCCGGGCUACCCUUCUGCGCUGGGAGCCUUGGACUUGGUGGUGCGGAAGAGUGUUCGUGACAGACUGGAGGUGAUGCAUUUGACAAGCUCGGUCGUCCUCGCAAACGUAUUCUACGCCGGCCCCGCAGAAGGGAGUGCCGCGGCACCAGUAACAACGGGCAUCGUCAGCGUGACUGCACAAAGUGCCCGACUAACUGUGCCACCGCGUUCAGCUCGAUACGUCCCCCUACCUCUUCUUCGGGAAUGCCUGACGCUGGAGCUCGAUGGCUGCGCGUACGCGCCAGUCGCGAAGAUGCUGACGUGGGCGAUGAUGGCGGACGCCAUGACAUUGCUGGCUGAUCAGGCAGCCGGCGGUGGCGGCGAAACCAGCGGCGGGUCAGGAAACGGUGGCAGCGCGUCACAGAAGAGCGGAGCGGCUGCUGGCCUAAUGCUCUACGGCAACUUGGAUGCACACAGGACGGGCAGCGCCGAAAACGACAACGGCCAUGGCGGAACGUUGCGCGCGCCUGCGUUUUGCAAACGUGUGCGCGCGCUUGAUGCCUUUACACUGUCCUUUCCGAUGCUGCUUUCCCCACUGACUCCGACUCCUGUGAAGCGGCUCUGCGGUGAGGGCGACGGCGACAGCGACAGGGAUGCCACAUUGGCCUCCGCACCUGCUCCACGGUCGGAGGUCGACGGAUCUCAUACGGAGAAAGCCGCUAGGACCGGGCGAGUGGUGCAGCUGACAUGGCGGCGCCGUUGCUCACGGAUGGUCACGCCACUCUUUAGUGGGAAGCUUUCGCCUAGCGAGUACACAGUCGCUGUGGGACCUGUGUGGACGCUCUGGAACUGGACUGGGUGCCGGCUGCGUCUUCGACUGCGCACUUCUCGCGAUGGGAUGGUCAGUUCUCCCGUAAAGACGCCUCAAGGCACGCCGUCCCCGCCGCUCUCCCUGCUUACAAGCACAAGCAGCGAUGGCGUGGCCAUAGCAGAGGUGGAAAAUGGUGCGUGCUUUCAGUGGACGCCGCCAACGCUUGACGUUCUGCAGAGAACGGUGUUCGCCUUCUUUCAGCUGAUGGUGCCGUCGCUCGCGGACGGGUCAACGACCCUGCCGAACUCGCCCUCUUCCAUGCAGUGGUGGUCCGUUGCGGCGCCAAUCUCAUUGCAGGAACCGCCGCCGUUGUACAUACGGCUGCAGCAGGGUAAUGGCACGACGCGCGGUGCGGUUCGCAUCGAGCAACACGGUCCGUCAAGCGUCGUGGUGCGGUGCGCCGCGCUGCUCCGCUCGGCGUUGGCGCGACCAGUGUACCUCCGGGAUGCCGAGCAGCCUCAGCCUCUACUUGGGGCUGGGGCACACGGCUGCGUUCUGCCGCAGCAGCAGGUGCCUCUCUUCUACUCCGAGUAUGUGACCACACUUGCCCCGCACGCUGACCGAGUCGGGUUCACGGUGGCCACGAAUCCUGUAACAAACACAGUGUCGCGCAACAGAUCUGUGCACGGGAGCGACGCCUACUACCUUAAAACGCCGUUUGUGGCAACAUUACUGUCGGCGCAGGAGAAGGCAUAUGGCACGCGCUUUUACACAGUGUCUGCUGUGCCCGACGCACAAUUCGAGCGAUCUGCUGCCACGCUGCAUGGGAAGGACGAAAAGGACCUUGGAGAGCAGUGCGUUCCAGCGGAGGCGCUGUCGUGUCUGUGGACGCCAGAGCCGCCGGCGGUUGUGCAGCUGCGCUCACUGUGUCGGAUUCGCAACACACAUGUGCACCGCGCGCUGCUUGCGAUGCCGCUCGACGCGUUGGUGCCGAGCAACGCGGAAGAGGCAACGCCAGCACCGUUGAUGGUCACACUCAUACCUCCUGGCGAGGAGCGAGAGGUGACGGAGUUUUGUCGCCACGCAAAGGAGCCAGAGAUGCAGUUCUGUUAUAGCACAAGUGGUGGCAAGGCUCCGGCGCACGCGUGGUCACCGCCCGUGAGGCUGCUCUCACUUGCCACGUCGACGCAGCCUCUUGUACUCAAGCACACCUGUGUGCCGCACGACCGUCAGGGAGUGGGGAGUGACGCGGAGGCAGAGGAGCCCCGUUUCAUGAGCCCAGUGCAUUGUCGCGUGGGUGAGAAAGUCGCGUUGACGGUGGAGCACUUCCGCUGUCUCACGGUACAGUCGAGCAUGACGAGCGUAUCCUUGUGCGUGAGUGUUGGACUCCAGGCGGCGCCACCGUUGAAGAUUGUGAACCGUCUGAACACCUCCUUGCAGUUUGUUCAGUGCGCUGUCACGGCAGGCUCGAACCUCGCGUCGUCACCGGCACAGCGGGGUGCCGUGACCACAGCCUUGUGCUCCUGCGCCCCGCGUCCUCGCAGCUACGUGGUGGCUGCAGAAACGAUAAGCUAUGGCUGCUGGGAGGUGCCGGUGCUAGAGUUACCAGGGCUGCGAGUGACACUGUAUUCUAACGUGCGUAAAGGCUUCACCGUGAGUCAGGAUGUGGACCUGCUGCGGUGCGCGGCCUCGCCGUCGUCUGGUGCGCGAGUCGGGAACACGGACGCGUAUGUCUACGUGAGCCUUGACCACCGACUGCGUCAGUACACGGUGACGGUCGCGCCAUCCCGCCAACUGGAGGGUCGAAUGCUGUUUCAGCCCCGCCGGCUCACGCAGCUGGAGGUGUACGUGCAUAGCUGCACUGUCUAUGUUGCUGCGAUGACACUGCCGACAGCGGGUCCCUUCGCGCGCAAGAGUCUCAUCGCGCAAGGCGCACGUGGUCGUUUGCGGCUGCGUCGUGGGGUUCGUAGUGGUGAGAGCGCCAAUCGCGACACGGUGCCGCUCAGCGCUACAGACGAAGACGUUCUGACCUUCCUCGAGGAACAGGAGCUCGAUGUUGUUCUCGUGCGCCUCCUCGGGUUUUACGGCAGCGCUACCCUAACGGAGCGUCACCUGAUGGGGAGCGCAUCGUUGGCUCUACUGGAAGUGGUAGACUGCUCCACAGUCGAGGCUGCUUAUCCUGUUAUCCUCCGGGUUGGGCCGCGUGCGGGCAGCGGCUCAACGGCCCCCAUGGCAGAAAGCACUACUGCGGAGCCCAGUGCUGAGGCUGAUCAAGGACGUGUCAAGAGUCCGAUAUUGCCGGACGUUUUCGGGGGAGCGGCGACGUUGACGUCGUCGACAAGUGUGCCACACUUUAAGGAUCCUUCGUGGUUUGCGUUGGAGGUGCAGCUCACUCGACCCGGACAGACUGCAGCCGCGGAUGGCGUUGUCAUGCUUCCUGUGCCGCAAUUGCGCGUCACGGUGCCACCCAUUGUAGUGCGCGCCGACGAUGACCUCCUCUUUACCCUGCGUGCCACAGCGGAGCGAGUGGGCGAGGAGUGGGCGUCAGCAGCGCCUGGCGAGCGUGGCGGCUGCGCAGCGGAGCGGCGAGACAGCCUUGUCUCCACGCGUAGGGAUGCUGUGGCUGACUCGACGAGGCACUCGUCUCAUCGAGCGUACAACGUUUUCGUGUAUACCCUGCAGGUGUCUCCUAUUGUGGCAGAGGUGACGUACACCCGUUCUGGCCACUGGCGCUACAACCCUUUUAAAGGGUUGGCGCAGAUCCCGGAACACCUCAUCCCCUCUGUCGAGGAUAUGUCGAUCUCGCUGAGGGAGGUGCGAUUACAGGAGGUGGAGCUGCGAUGGAGCCAUUCGCUCUUUGGCAUCGCGAAUUCGUUUCUGUGGCCCCUCUACCGCACGCAACUGCUGCUCCAGAGCUACAAGGUUCUCGGCUCACUGGAUGUACUUGGUAACCCUCGCGCGCUGCUCGGGAGCUGGUCCCGCGGUGUGUGGGAUCUCGUCACAAACUCCUCUGGUCAGAGUCGGUGGACCGGCACCCGCGAGUUCUUGCGCACUACCACAUCAUCGACGCUGCACUCUGUCGGGGUGCUGGCGCGCAGCAUCGGCAACCUAGGUGGCACCUCACCCAUUAAAGUCGCCCCACGACUGUCCUCUGGUAGCUCAAGUGAUUUCAGCGGACAUGCUGUGCUCGCGACACCGCAGCGUCGCGGGGUCCUUGGCGAGGUGCUGCACGAAGUUGGCGGCGGCAUCUCGGACGCUGUGACGAAACCGAUCCGCGGUGCUCGCGAGGGCGGCGUCAGCGGCUUCCUCAUCGGCAUCGCCGCGGGUGUGGCCGGUCUCGCGGGCCGCCCGGUCUUUGGCUUCUUUCGCGGCGUCAGUGUCACAUCAGAGUUUUACGCGCGCCUCCUGGGUGGUUUGGGCGAGCUAACGGAACAUGAGGCACGCCAUCUGGGUCUGGGGCGCAACUACCUGAUUGUGUCAACCAGCGCCAAGGGUGCGCCGGUGUCGGAGGCGACUGGGUGUGUGGAGGGAGAGGUUUCUGGCACAAGUGCCGCGACACACGUGAACACUGUGGCGCGCGCGUCGUUGCCGAGAAGCCAGUACAUUAUUACGCACGCCAUGUACGAUCGGGUCUUCUCAGACGUUCCUCGGUGGCGCCGCGGGGACGAAACGAAUGUUCGGCUCGCUGUGGACCGGGUCGGGAUCUACAACACGGCACUUCACACACCAUAUGCCGUCUUGUGCACUUUUUUGUCUCCGAGCGAAUUUCGCGACGCCCUGCCCUGUGCCCUCACAGCCCUGCUCGCGGGCAACAUCAUUAGCUUGCUCGCCCGUAACUGCACCACUGGCGCUUUCCGAGGAACUGCCGACGUCGGCAAGGUACCCGACCAGUCCGACACAGACGAAGGACAGGCGACACGGGCGCGCCUGGCACAUGAGUGCGAGCGGGCAUCGUACAUCAAAGCCUCACUUGGGGUGCGGGCAUUGCACACGUACGUAACAGAUGAGGUGUUUGUGCGCGUCUGCUCUCUAGAAGAGAUUGAGGCCUCUUUGAAGGCGACGGAGGCGCAGCAAACAUACUCUCGGGCGCUGGCCAAGGCGAUGGGUGCCGCUGGCGAGCAUCUGCUAGCACCUUGA